CCGCCCUCCUUAGUUACUGUUGCUACGCCUGUCAAGCUUUCGAGCCUGGCAAGUCAUUUACAGUGUGUAUGCACCGGUGUCAGACAUUUUCAAGGAGAUAAUUAGUCAUUUUUGGGGAACAGGUGAAAUAUCUGACAGAGCAAGACAAAAAGGACUGCAGUAUGCAUUCGAGGGAUAUAUCCACGACAUAAUAUGCAACCGAUUAGAAAAUAAUUUGAUCAAAAUUGAAGCUAAAGCUCCGAGCGCGAGCAGCAGCCGCCUCAUAUGCUGACAAUUCAAAUGGGAAACACACAGUUUAUUGAGGAAAAGCUUUGUUCAUCCACAGCAGUCCAUGAAUGACGAUGGCAUCUGUAAAAAAGCUGCUUCAUGAUACUCUAGAUGACCUGAAACGAGACGAUCUGAAGAGAUUUAAGAGUUACUUAAAAGAAGAUGGACUCAUUGGAGCUGGUAAACUGGAGAAGGCUGGUGUCACUGAGAUAGUGGAUAUAAUGAUGGAGCGUUUUGAAGCAGAAGAAGCUGUGAAGAUCACACUGAACAUCCUGAGGAAGAUGAACCAGAACCAGCUGGCUGAAGAGUUACAGAACAACUACACUGAAGUGCAAAAAUCAUCAGAGCCAGCUGAGAAACGCAGAAGAAAACAAGAUGAUUUCUGGCUGCAGGAAUUCAUGAAAAUUCACAAAAUGAACAUGAAGGAGAAAGUAGAACACAUUUUUGAGUGCAAAAAGGAAAAUGAAGCACAUCUCAAGGAUGUUUUCACUGAACUCUUCAUUACGGAGGGGGAUCUUAAAGAAGUCAAACAAGAACAUGAGAUUAUACAGAUUGAUAAAGACAUUAAACCCCGUAAAUCACAGGACAGGCCAAUUAAAUGCAAUAAUGUGUUUAGACUGAACAAAAAGAAGAAAAAGAUUGUUCUGACCAAAGGCAUCGCUGGCAUUGGAAAAACGGUCUCAGUGCACAAGUUCAUUCUGGACUGGGCAGAAGGAGAAGCCAAUCAGGAUAUAGACUGUGUUUUCCUGCUUCCAUUCCGAAGGAUUAACUGCCUUAAAGAUGGAAAGAUCAGUCUGCAUGAGUUUCUACAAAAAUUUAAUCCAGAACUGAAGAAACUGGAAACAACAAAGAUAUGUGAGAUAUAUAAACGUAAUCUUGCGUUUAUCUUUGAUGGACUGGAUGAGAGUCGACUGCCUUUGGAUUUUGACAGUGGAAUGGUGACGAGUGUUGAGGAGCGAUCAUCUGUAGAUGAACUGUUCACAAGUCUGGUCAAUGGGACUCUGCUUCCAUCAGCUCACGUCUGGGUGACAUCACGACCUGCAGCAGCCAAUCAGAUCCCUCCUGAGUAUGUAGGGUUGUUCACAGAGGUGCGAGGAUUCACUGACCAGCAGAAGGAGGAGUAUUUCCGAAAGAGAAUCACAGAAGAGACUCAGGCCUCCAGAAUGAUCUCACACAUUAAGAAAUCUCGUAGUCUUUACAUCAUGUGUUACAUUCCUGUGUUCUGUUGGAUCACAGCCACUGUUCUUAAGGACAUUCCCAUUGAGAACAAUGCAGAGAACAUCAACACGACACUCACUGAAAUGUACAUCCACUUCCUGCUGAUACAGAUGAACAUGAAGAGCCAGAAGCAUGAGAGAAAAACAGAAAGAGAUUGUACCAAGCUCUUAGAUUCCAAUAAAACAAUGAUUUUGAAGUUAGCUAAGCUAGCGUUUGAACAGCUGAAGAAAGAAAAGAUUGUGUUCUAUGAGGAAGAUCUGAGAGCAUGUGGUAUUGAUGUGAGUGAAGACUUUGAAUCCACAGGAAUGCUCACUGAGAUCUUUCAGCAAGAAGCUGGACUUCAUGAGAUGAAGGUCUUCUGCUUCGUCCAUCUGAGUGUUCAAGAGUUCCUCGCUGCAGUGUAUUUGUUCCUCUGCUACCUGAACAAGAACAUGGACGAGCUGCAGUUUUUCACUGAAGAAACAAAAAGAUUGGACAGACCUGACCAUAUCGACAAGCUAGAUAAAAAUAUUGCUUUACAUGAUUUACUAGAGAAGGCUGUUAGGAAAGCAAUGCAAAGUCAGAAAGGACAUUUAGACCUAUUUUUACGGUUUCUGAUGGGCAUUUCACUGGAAUCCAAUCAGAAACUGCUCAGAGGCUUGUUCGCACACACUGAAGACAGCAAAGACAGCAUCACAGAAAUAACCAAACACAUUAAAGAACAAUUACAAAACCAGGAGGACAUCUCACCUGAAACUUCAGUCAACCUGUUCUACUGCUUACUGGAGCUCAAUGAUAAUUCAUUAUAUACAGAAAUACAAACAUACUUCAGAUCUCCAGAAAGAUACCUCUCAUCUUCCAUGCUCUCAUUGAUGGCUUACGUACUGCUGAUGUCAGAGGAAGUGCUGGAUGAGCUCGAGCUGGGGAGGUACGGAAUGGGAGGCUACAGGAAUCUCCUGCCAGCUGUGAGAUGCUGCAGAAAAGCAGAACUCUCCCUCUGUUAUCUCGAUCACACCGACUGUGAAACUGUGGCUUUGGCCCUGCAGAUACCAAACUCACCCCUGAUAGAGCUGGACAUGAGUGAAAAUGGCCUGAUAGGUACCGGAGGAGUGAAGCUGCUCUCUGAUGGACUGAAGAGCCCAAACUGUCAGCUGAAGAAACUGAGAUUAUGUCGCUGUAAGGUGACAGAUGAAGGCUGUGGUUAUCUGGCUUCAGCUCUGCGUUCAAACCCCUCACACCUGAGAGAGCUGGAUCUGAGCAGAAAUAACCUGGGAGAAUCAGGAGUCAAGAUCAUCUCUGAUCUACUGAAAGAUCCAAACUGUGCACUGAACACACUCGAAUUAUCUGACUGUGAGGUGACAGAUGAAGGCUGUGGUUAUCUGGCUUCAGCUCUGCGUUCAAACCCCUCACACCUGAGAGAGCUGGAUCUGAGCUACAAUUACCUGGGAGAAUCAGGAGUCAAGAUCAUCUCUGAUCUACUGAAGGAUCCAAACUGUGCACUGAACAAACUCAGAUUAUGUUUCUGUAAGGUGACAGAUGAAGACUGUGGUUAUCUGGCUUCAGCUCUGCGUUCAAACCCCUCACACCUGAGAGAGCUGGAUCUGAGCUACAAUAACCUGAGAGGAUCAGGACUCGAGAUUAUCUCUGAUGGACUGAAGGAUCCAAACUGCACACUGAACACACUCAAAUUACGUGACUGUAAGGUGACAGAUGAAGGCUGUGGUUAUCUGGCUUCAGCUCUGCGUUCAAACACCUCACACCUGAGAGAGCUGGAUCUGAGCAGAAAUAACCUGGGAGAAUCAGGAGUCAAGAUCAUCUCUGAUCUACUGAAGGAUCCAAACUGCUCACUGAACACACUCGAAUUAUCUGGCUGUGGGGUGACAGAUGAAGGCUGUGGUUAUCUGGCUUCAGCUCUGCGUUCAAACACCUCACACCUGAGAGAGCUGGAUCUGAGCAGCAAUAACCUGGGAGAAUCAGGAGUCAAGAUAAUCUCUGGUGGACUGAAGGAUCCAAACUGCACACUGAACACACUCAAAUUAUGGGACUGUAAGGUGACAGAUGAAGGCUGUGGUUAUCUGGCUUCAGCUCUGCGUUCAAACCCCUCACACCUGAGAGAGCUGGAUCUGAGCUGGAAUAACCUGAGAGGAUCAGGACUCAAGAUGCUCUCUGAUCUACUGAAGGAUCCAAACUGUGCACUGAACAAACUUGAAUUAUGUUACUGUAAGGUGACCAAUGAAGGCUGUGGUUAUCUGGCUUCAGCUCUGCGUUCAAACCCCUCACACCUGAGAGAGCUGGAUCUGAGCAGAAAUCACCUGGGAGAAUCAGGACUCAAGAUGCUCUCUGAUGGACUGAAGGAUCCAAACUGCACACUGAACAAACUCAUAUUAUGGGACUGUAAGGUGACCGAUGAAGGCUGUGGUUAUCUGGCUUCAGCUCUGCGUUCAAACCCCUCACACCUGAGAGAGCUGGAUCUGAGCAGAAAUCAUCUAGGAGGAUUAGGACUCAAGAUCAUCUCUGAUCUACUAAAGGAUCCAAACUGCUCACUGAACAAACUCAUAUACUAUAAAUCUUACAUUCUAAACACAGCAGAUCUUUGUACCAUUUCGGGUGAGGAUAUGAUACACAUGUCUGAGGAUCAGCUGUAUCCUGGUAAUCUAGAGAGAUCUGAUGAGUAUGGUCUGGUUCUGUGUAGAGGAGAGUCUGACUGGAUGCUGUUACUGGAGGAUGAAUUGAGUCAGUGAAUGAAUAUCAGACAUAUAAAGGAAUCAGCAGGAAAGGAAGGAGACGCUGUAAAUUUGGAUUUAAUAAAAUAUCCUGGAGUCUGAACUGUUCUGAUUAUAGAUUCACUGUCCAUCAUAAUAAUCAGAGAACAUCAUAUCUGCCCCUUCAUCUCCUCUAACAGAGCAGGAGUGUUUCUGGACUGACCGGCCGGUGCUUUGUUCUUCUUCUCUGUUUUACUUUGUGCAGAAUAUCAUCUGCUUUUGUGUUUAACCAUAAAGUGCAUUCAUUCAAGAACUGUGAUGCUAAUUUCUGCACAUGUUUGUGUAGAUAGAUAGAUCACAAACCACACUUUUUUAUUUGUCAUACAGAUGUUCAUAGUUGAUGAGGAAUUACAUUGUUUUGAUUCAGGUAUAUACAGUGGCCCCUAAAAGCAUUUAGACACUUAAGCUACAAUGAAUUUGCAUUUAUUUUUCAAAUAAAAAAUGAAAAUAUGAAGUAA